GACAGAAACGGCGGCUCGGUUCGAGGUUAGUUCUGUCCGCGCACGAGUCGAGAUAACCGGAGAAUUCGUCCUGAUAUCGUCACGGGACAAGUCGCGACACGAACGAGUAACGAUGACCUUUCGCUCGUGUCGGGUGGUGGCACGGUGAGAAUCAACCGGUAACCGAGUUUCCAUUGGAAAGUCCAGAUAAAACGAACGACGACUCGGUGGUGAAGAAGCGUAUGCCGUAUCUGUGAGUAGAGAAGUUAGACGAAGGAACAGAGAGAGAGAGAGAAAGAAAGCAAGAGAGAAAGCAACGGUGGACCCGGCUUCGUCGAGUGGUAGGUCGAAGCGAAAGAGCUAGUGUCCAUUGUGCGAGUCAACGGUGUACUUCGACCAGCGCCAUCGUUACUCGCUACCAUCGACAUGGAAGAUACAGAAGCGGAAUAGUGUGGUUGAGAUGCUGUGAAGUAGUCCCGAGACAUGAAGAGAGCGCGACCGUGGGCCGUGUGGGUUUCUCUGAGUCGGAACCGGCGAUAGCAGAGCCGCGAUCAAAAUGAGUAUUCUGAACACGGAUUCGGAAAACCGCGUGAUCCUGAACGUGGGCGGUAUCCGGCACGAGACGUACAAGGCGACCCUGAAGAAGAUCCCCGCGACCAGGCUGUCAAAGUUGACCGAGGCUCUCGGUAACUACGACCCGAUCCUCAACGAAUACUUCUUCGACAGGCAUCCGGGGGUCUUCGCCCAAGUGCUCAAUUACUAUCGCACAGGGAAGCUUCACUAUCCGACCGAUGUGUGCGGACCGUUGUUCGAGGAAGAACUCGACUUCUGGGGACUCGACUCCAAUCAGGUGGAACCAUGUUGUUGGAUGACGUAUACCCAGCAUCGGGACACGCAGGAAACGCUGACAGUCCUCGACAGGUUGGACCUCGAUACCGAGAAGCCGACCGACGAGGAACUGGCAAGGAAGUUCGGUUUCGAGGAGGCAUAUUACGAGGGCACUCUGACGUGGUGGCAAAAGCUCAAGCCCCAGAUGUGGUCGCUGUUCGAUGAACCCUACUCCUCGCUGGCAGCCAAGGUGAUCAGCAUAGUCUCGGUCCUGUUCAUCUGCAUCUCGAUCUUGUCGUUCUGCCUGAAGACGCAUCCGGACAUGCGCGUGCCGGUGAUCGUGAACCGAUCGGUGAACACGGGGAACGGCAGCUCCUGGGCGGUGGAUAAAACGCAUACGAACGCUCACGACUUCUUUUUCUACAUCGAGUGCGUGUGCAACGCCUGGUUUACUCUCGAGUUUCUAAUACGGAUUACCGCGAGCCCGAACCGGUGCGUGUUCAUCAAGAGCUCGGUCAACGUGAUCGACAUGGUAGCUACCGUCAGUUUCUACAUCGACCUGGGGCUACAGCGUUUCGCCUCGCAUCUGGAGAACGCCGAUAUACUCGAGUUCUUGAGCAUCAUACGCAUCAUGAGACUGUUCAAGCUAACCCGUCAUUCGUCCGGCCUGAAGAUCCUCAUCCAGACGUUCCGCGCAUCCGCCAAAGAAUUGACCUUGUUGGUCUUCUUCUUGGUCCUUGGCAUCGUGAUCUUCGCCAGUCUGGUCUAUUACGCGGAACGUACCCAGUACAAUCCGAAGAAUGAUUUCAAGAGCAUACCAUUGGGAUUGUGGUGGGCUUUGGUCACGAUGACCACCGUCGGUUACGGGGACAUGGUGCCGAAAACCUACAUAGGGAUGUUCGUCGGCGCGCUGUGCGCCCUUGCCGGUGUCCUCACGAUCGCCCUGCCGGUGCCCGUGAUCGUCAGCAACUUUGCGAUGUAUUACAGUCACACGCAGGCGCGAGCCAAGCUACCGAAGAAGAGACGCCGUGUAAUUCCGGUCGAACAGCCGAGAGUACGGACUCUGGGUGCGCCGUUGGGAGCGGCCGGGGUUGCAGGCACUAUGGGGCCACCGGGAUGCACCCAACAGCACAUGCAGUCGGGUGGACCUACAUCGGGAUCCGGUGCUCUAGCCCCUGGCCUUGGACAGACGCCCGGGGUCGGCUGCACUGGCGGCAUGGGACCUCAGAACAGACGGAUGAACGCUAUCAAGACCAAUCAUCCCAAGGAUGUUUCGUUCGCCACGAAAACAGAGGAGGACCGGAGGAACUCUAACCUGCGGACCAACGGGACCAAGACAGCCGGAGGUUUGGGUUAAAGCUGAAACCAACGCUACUCUCCACCACUGCCGAGGCGCACUCAACCGGGGCGUCGGGACGACCUACCGAGCCGAACGGGAAAAACGGUGAGGGAGAGAAAGAGAGCCGGGGACGGAGGGGAAAGAUUGCCGGAGGAACGAGCUCAAGACGGGUAUCAAGAUUGCAUGGUCUAUAAGGGAAUAUUAGAUCGCUGCGGGUGAAACGUCGGAUUUUUACCGCAACCACUUGCGACGCCUUUCACUGCGACCAUGCGUGGAUUAUUACAGCUGUCCUGGCUUCUUUUCGUUUCUGUUCGUUCCAGCACACGUAUGCCUAUGUAUGUAUGUACGAGCAUACGUGUGUAGCAGGGGUUGGGAGAAAUUUUGGCUGUGAAAUUCUGGCUCGUUGGUGGCUUACAGGCGAUCAUUGGAAUCUUAGCGGAUGAUAAAUCUCUCGAAAUUCGAUGAACGGGGGUUGCGCUCGAAAGGUUAGCAGGAGAGUGUAAAACUUGAAGUGUCCUGUUCUUCUUUAUUGGAGUUUUAUUAGAGCUUGACGUCUGGUGAAUUUUUUGGCGAUGUUUAUAGUAAGAGAUGUAUUUGACGUAAUUUAUCUUUAUAACUUUUCAACUUUAUAGAUUUAUAGAUAUAUUCGUGUAAAACAGGUAUAUUCAUCGCGUUAUAUUUAUAGUAUGUAAUUUAUAAUUUAUUACGAUAUAUUUAAAUACAUAUUUUAUUUAUAUAUUUUUAUACUACUUUACCUUUAAUUAUAUAUAUAUAUAAUAUAUAUAACUUAAAAUGUGUACAGCACGAGAGAAUACGUUUGACUAACGCGUUGGAAAGAGGAAUUUUUGAAAUUUCCAGAGAUAUUUUCUUGACGUACGAACAGUCGUUGAGUAGAAGAGAAUAUUUCUGGCAAAUAUACCAAGCUGCUUGUUUUCUUCUUCUUCGGAAGCUUUGUAAGUCCGUACGAAGCUCGAAGUGACUAGAUAAGUAAAUAAUCUCUGUGUUUUUAUAAACGUAGACACGCAUUAUAUAAUACACGAUGGAAGAGAAGAAAACGAGAACUUUUGUUGAUAUAAUACAAGCGAAUUAGAAGAUCGUAAAUUUCAUUUCGUCCUAUUUUAUUUCUACCGAGUGAAAUUUAUGAAACAUUAACGAUCUGUUUAGUAUGCAUAAUACGUAUCGUGGUUAAAAUACAAACGCGGGAAUGUUACAUGAAAUUAUACAAACAUUAUACGUUUCAAUUUUGUAACAAAUAUUUCAUAAAGUAUAUCGCAUUAACAUAGCACGGGUAUUACUGAUAAAUGAGCCACUCUGAAGAGUAAACUGGCUAACUAUACUAUCUGAAAAUAACUUGAUAAUACCACGAGAAUAUAUUACUUGACUUUUCAAACCAAAAUUGGUUUCGCGACAUAAUUUGGUCUCUAUGCACCUCAGAUAAGGAACGUAUCAGCGUUACCUACGGCAUGUGCAAUCUUACGUUUUAAUUACGAAUCGUUUCUAAUUACGUUUAACGUAAAAACAAGCAGCAUACGGUUUUCGAAUCGUAAAACCGAAAUGCUCGUGAAAUUGCCAUGAACGAAGCACUUGCGUCGAAAGUGAUAACGAAGGGCGUUCCAAAGCCUUAAAGCCGAACGCGAAAAACAGUGAGCAGCUUGGCCACCGGAAGUGGAGUCACGUUUUAAAUCAAAAGCUGCUGGAGGCAGCAAUUAAUUGGAGCUUUUAAUUAAAUCACGUCCGCACCAACCUGCUAACCUUUCGGAAAGCAACAAAAACAAGGAAAAGAAGCGAGGGAGGCGAGAAAAGAAGAGGAGAAAAACUUCACGACCAAAUAAGAAGACAGCGAAGCGCCUUAAUAAACGAGGCUGAAGCGCGUGCGCGCACCAAACAUCCGACAUUUUACCCGCACCGAUCUAACAUUAUUCAGGGACUUCUCGCGAUACAUCAAUUCAGCUAAUGUAUCAUUUUCACUUUCUUCGAUCGUUUGCUCGAGCGAUCGAUCUCUCCUCUCCUCUCCAAUUUCUCCUGUCCGUUCUUUAUUCUCGCCACAACCUCUUCACCUCCCUUCAUUCUAGUAAACACGGAUCAUUCGCUCGUAUCGUUCGGAAAAUACCGAGAACGCGCCUGGAUCGGCAAAGAUCGCGCGUUGAUUCCGCUAAAUGUUUAAACGAGAUUGCAAUGAAAGAAAGAUAGAAAGGAGAGUGGAGAGAAAAGGAAGGGAAAGGAAGCGAAUGAAGUAAAAAUGAGAGAAAGGAGGGUAGAAGGUGUACGAGGGAUGAAUGCGCAGGGCAGUGUUGGGUGAACGAAUGUUUGUUACUAGAGUGAAAAGGAAAAGGAAACCCGCUACUUGCAUAUUAUUCGCUUUGUUUCAAACUAUCGAAGCUAUCCAAGCGUUUUCGGUCAUUUCGUAAAGAAGUUUUGUAUUCGUCUUUACGCGCUAUAAAUGUUCUUUUACGACGGAGCAAUGUUUCUUCUUUUAUUCGAAAAUUUGGAACGACGAAUGCGAAAGACGUUGACUAAAUUCAUUUUAUAUGUUAUCCGAAAUAAUUGAAGCCCAACACUGGCGCAAAAACUCGUUCGAAACGACGAGGAAUAUUCGUCGAUUGUCAAGUGGAAGCCGAGUGAAAGCCUCGUGUUGGUCAAAGUCGAAUAAUUUAUAAACCGGAGAGCACAGCUUCGCUGCCAAAAAUUCCUGAAAGUAUCUGGUAAAUGCUGCAGCAGCCGCGUAAUGAGACUGACGGCGUCUCGAGGAGUUUAAAUAUUUGCGUACGGAACGUUCGUAGGAAUUUUUGUCAGGAUUCGACGUCGUACCAAGAAGAUCCCUCCUCCCCUUAAACGGAUUCGACUUUCCAUCUAUGAACCGUCGUCGAAAGCGAAUAAAAGGCCGCUCUUAAUUUCUCGAGAUUGCCGCUUUAAAUAUCGAUGAGUGAACAAUUUGCGUUUCUCAUUUCCACCUUUCAUCUGGAAACUUUCCUUUCCAAACGAUAUAAGGAACGAAACGAGAUAGCGAAUAAAACCUCAACGUGGAAAAUCCUUGGAGAAAUUUCGGUGUUCUUCUGCCUUUCGCUGCACGAAAAGCAUAACGUAUUUAUUUCCCGCCAUCCUAAUAACAUCUCCGUUAACGAUCAUCGAUCGAUAAUUAAUCGAAAGAGAAUACUCAUCUUACGAUACUUAUCGUUAGUAGCUGGUAAAAUCCGAGCGUCAAAGUGGAUAUUAGUUGAUGCCCUAAUUGAGAGGACCAAAUGUACACACGUGUCGCAUAAAACGUUGAUUGUUAACAAAUUUUGAUAUACCAUAAUUUUACCCCUAGUAAAGUGUAACGUAGUGAGUAAAAUAUUUAACGGGCUGCCAUUUGCCUCGAUUGCCAUUUGAUCCUCUCAAUUGGUUCGAAGAUUAAUCGGAUAAUCGUGAAUAUUUGCUUGUAACUCUUGUAAUAAUUUAACAAGGCUGCGUUAACCAGCGAUGCAUAAUUUUCCAAAGUAAAUGCAUAAAACGUUCGAACGCUGAGAAAGCUAAUAAAAGUCUGGCGAUACUCGCUUAACGCUAAGUGUAUACCACCGAUCGGAAAUGAAGCAAGUAAAGGCCGAACGUCGAUUAAAGUCAAUUGCAAUAAAAUUCGCUACGCUUGUUCGCGGCCGCUAAAUAUUAAGCGACGCUGUACUCGGCGGACGAGUGGCGAACCCAACAGGUUAAACGAAUGAAAUUUAUUUCCUAUCGAGACUUCGAUGGCCAAGCUUUCUGUAUAUACGCUUCGUGCAUAUACCGCGUGCCGUUAAUGUUGAAGUAAGUUUGUUGAUAAUGAGAAAACGACGAUGCAACGAAAAGUUGAACAUUUCUCCGGAUUUUCCUUAAAACGUAAUAUUAACGAGAAACGAUUGUAAAGCUACUACGGUAUUAAUAUAGUGUAUGUAAUAAUAUAAAAAUAUCUUUUCGGAGAUGAAAUGCCGAUAAAAUUCGAGCAACUCGAGGACGAGGGAUCUUUGAUGUACACGCGCGUAUACACACACACACACACACACAAGCCUCGAAACUGACACGCAUAUACGUCCAAGUACGUGUAAAUAUUCGGAUCAAUCGCGAUCCAAAUACGAAAACCACACAGGCUGUUCUAUACUCCUUUGUUUCUAUUUUCGGCUGUUUUCCGCGUAAACGAUUCUUCGUUUCUUCUUCGUUCUUUGACGAUACGUAUAUACUUGCUCGCUACGACAGAUAAAAUUUAAAUUCAGGUUUUUACAAAAUAUGGGAUCAAUGCCGAUUUGAAGUAUUUUUUCUUCUAGUUAUCCAUUUCGGGUAUAUUCUUACGCGUUUAUUUUGGAUCGAAUAGAGAGAAAGCAGCCUUCGUCGUUUAACGCUUAAGAAGCUCCAAAGUUGCGAAUCGUCAUAUCGGCGCGGUAUUAUUAUCUUUAGGAGCGGUAUUCUUUCUGAAACCAGUGAUGUCGUUUCCGCGUUACAUGCAACAAACCUUCCCUCAAGCCUCGUGUCUACUUCCGACGCGUUUAAAAAGAAAAAGCUGACUAUUUUAUAAAAGAAAAAAGGAAAAAAUUGUGAGUAAAGAAGUUGGACGAGUCGUAUGCGCUUUAAAUUAAUCGACGGAAAUUAAAACGCUAAAGAAUCGUUGAGAUAAAGUAAAUUAUAUUCUUUACAAUGUUUUCAUAACGCGUUCUAAUCGUAAAACUGUUACUUUAAGGUUUUGGAAUAUUUACAGUACUUCGAACGAAUAUUUGAACGUUGAUAAAUAAAAAAGGAACUGAACAAUGUAACAUGCUCAAAAAUUGACUUAAGUACGAUAUACAAUGUAACGGUAUACUAAUUUCUAUAAGAAAAUUCGAAAUUAACUUCUCUCUUGGACACGGAAUAUCGUUGAUUUCUCAAAAUUAUCGGUCUACGGCGUAGACUUUAUUUCGUCGUUGAAAAUACAGAGAAAAUUGUACAAUCGACUCAGUGCCGUCCAUCAAGCUACUGUAUUUACGUAUAUACGUUACGUAUGUCUUUUAUAAAAAAAAAAAAAUCGUCGUAACAGGUAAAAAGAUAAAAAGCUAAGAAAUGUAAAAAGAAAUUCUGAUGUUUCGUGAUAACGUUGUCAUUCUUGAUGGACGUUUAGCUCUCAUAAUUUUAGGAUUAAUAAAAGGCUUUGGAUGGAAAUGUUGCUCAAAUGAUAAUAAUUCGAUACCGUUUUUUUAAUUACUUUCAAUAAUUCUACACGUAUUUCAUGAUAUUUUCAUGUCUGUCUUUGAUUUACUGUGAUAUAGUAUACCGCGAUCGAAUACAAAAAUGAUAUAUAUAAAAUUCCUACCUUUAACGCGCCUAUCGACUCAACUCUUAACGUAACAAUUCUGCGUUCUGUACUUUGACCAAAUAAUACGAAUUUUUAUAAUAAUUUCAUUUUCGACACACACACGAUCCUAGAUACGGAAAAUCAGAAAAGAAAGAAACGUUAACAAACAUUACGUAUCAUGCUAACAAGAAAACAAGAAGAAAGUAUACAGGAGAUCCAAUGGAAAUACGUCAACAUGUAAAGAAGCGACUUAUGGAUACGAUAAUCCAAGUCGCGAUGUUGUUAAAAAUAAUUUUCUAAGCAAUAUAUGUAUACAUGUGACAAUAAUUUACUCUUAAAAACGGUUAUUAAAUCAACGGUUUUCUAAAAAGUAAUCGAUAGAAAUGAAAUAAGAACAUUAAACGAACGUAAAGUUAAUUAGAAUAAUUCGUAAAGAACGAUUGUCGAAUUCUCAAGGGAGAACGAAAGGGUAUGCCGGUUGCACCGAUGAAUAAAACUAAGCCAUCCGACGUGUAUGAACGCGAGACGAUAUCACUGGCGACAGAGGUUCCCUGGAAGAAGAAAAACAUCAUGUUGCAGCGUUCGAGGCGCGUUCGAGGAACGAUAAAGUUGAAUCGCAGUCGAGACUCGACAAUUUCGACGCACCUAUCGCACAAGUACACCCCCACACAUGCAUAGACACACGCUCGUCCACCUGUGACACAUAGCUGUACACGUACAAACGCAAAUAUUCACCGACAGUUCAUAAGUACUUAACCAUGCUGAAAAAUUACAGCGAGACAAUACAAACCGUAUUGUAUGAUACACGUAAUACAGGGUGAUUCUAAACGAAAAUGAAGGGACGAAUUGAAAGGCAAAGGGGAUGAAAAUAGACGACGAAUGUCCGCUUGUUGUCUACGUAUGGAUCAACGUCGACGAACAGAAGGGAGAACUUAGAUCUUCUUAGUUAUCGUUUUUUAAUCGAAAUUAAUAAACGCAUAAUGCGAUUAUGUAUUUUUGGAAUUAUAUUUUCUGUUUUCUCGGACAAAUGCACUUUCUUCGAUUUUGCCGAAUUUUUUGCUUUCUAAUGUUUUCUAUUCCUACGUCGAUAUUGGUUCGUAGACAUUACAAGAGCAUGGGCAUUUCUCGUCCAUUUUUGUACCCCGUGCCUGUAAUAUUUAUUACAUUUUUAAUAUAAAAGCAGUUUAAGACGGUACUUGAUCAACGUAUGCUUUGUUAAAAUAUAGUGGAUAAUCGUGUCAUUUCAUUAUCAUGCGCACAUCGCUAUAAUAUGUAUGCUUGGCAAAAGACAUUUUUUUACUUGCUAGAAUGAUAUCGCUCGUUGUACAUUCUUUCCACGAUAACGUACCCGUUUAUUCAUUUAGAUAUAACGUUCAAACAAAAGAGAAAAAAGAAAAAAAGCAAAAAAUACCAGUCUCGAAAGCUACCAAAGAAACGUAGAAAAUGUUGAAUCCAGCAGAGCAAAAGUGAUUUACAAGCCACCUAUUCAAAAUUGAAAACGAGAAGAAAGAGUUUUCUAGUUUUCAAUGCUUCGAACGAACAUUGUAUACGAAACUUCCGUCGCUAAAUUUCAAAGCAUUGUUAUCUUCGGAACGACACAUUCAAUUACUAGGAAAAAAGAAAAAAAAAGGAAAAAGGAAGGGAAUAAAAGAAGCAAGGGAAAAAACACAGAACACCUAAAGCAGCAUUGAUCCAAGUAUCCUCGCGUCGCGUUUCUCAUCUUCCUCGAAGAAAACAUUCCGCGUGCCUGCGACGCGUUCGUCGCGGUGCAAGUGUUUGGAUAAAUAGUUGUGAACUUAAAGCCGAGUAAAGAUGCAGAAGCAAAACGACUGAAAGAAGAAAAAGAUAAAGAAAUACAAUCAGGGAAAAAUAGGGGAAAAAAGAAAAUUAACGAGAGAACAAACACGAACAAAAAAUACAACACGACAAGAACACAUGACCAAGUUCACUUAGAGAAAACGGAAGUUCGAUACUAGAGAUCGAACACUCGGUUUUCCAGAGACACCAGCAGCAUGUAUAUUCACGUACAUGACCGUACGCAUGUAUGAAACGUAUUCGUACGUAACACGCACACGAUACGCACCCUGAAUACCGCCGGGACCAAUCGAACCACCCCCUGUACAACCCCACGCUGUACAAUCCGUCUGAUCCUCAAAUUGCGUUCAAAGAGAAAUUACACUGUCGUCUAGACUACGGAAGACGGAAGUGUAAGAAAGCGUCAUUUGUAUUUACGAUUGCGUGUACACGCGUUUGCACGCGAGAGAAAAAGGAGAGAGAGAGAGAGAGAGAGGAAAAGAGUUGAAAGGACGAUAUAAGCGGGGGAUGGGGGACUGACAGGGCCAAGUGGAGAACGUGGCAAGCAUAUCAAGCGACCAAUAAUAAGGCGCACUUUGACUCCUUCGUGGACAGGACCAGGUGUUUACAGGAUUUAUACGAGACUCGUAGGUCAUCGGCAAAGCAGACGAACAGAAAACCGUGAACCAGAGAAACGCUUUUGAGAAACAUCUCUGCGAACGUCGGGACGCGACUUUCAUGCGCAAAGACGCGUGAAAGAUCAAAGGAAGUCGAAUAUUUGGCCGCGAGCGAAUCGUUCGAGCUGAUUCUGAUGCGAUCAACGAGGUUUGGUCGGAGAAACUGAAUGCGAAUGGAGUUUCGGGUGAAUCGGAGGUGAAGUUGUUGGGGAGGAGAAAUCGAGCAGAGAGUUGGGAGUUUUGUUUUUGUUGGCACUCCUGGACAGUUUUAUGGUAUCUAGAGCGAGUGCCGUAAUUUAGAAGGGGGUUGAAAAUGGUUGGCGAAAAGCCAGAAAAGGGAGGAAAGUGGAAGAUGAAGAAUAACUGCGAUAUCUGCGAGUAUUGAGAAAUUGAAAAUCCAGGGAAUAGAAUAUGGACGUGAUUUUAUGAAUAAUGACUUUUUAAACAAUAACGAAUUUUAAUAAAUAACGAGUUUAUCGUUCAGAGGAGAUAAUAUAGUGGUCGAUAUAUACGCGUUAAUGGUUGAAGUUAAAUGCAGCGUGACAAGAACGAAACGGGAAACGAAACUUUCGAGUGAAUUUCUGCUUCGAUUUAUUCGACAUUCGUAAGAAUGAUCAGAACGAAACGAAAUAAUUAUUUAUCAAAUAUCCAAGAAAGAAAAUAUCGUACAACGUCUCAAAGUUAUAUGCGAAUACCUAAUCGAGAAAAUAAUAUCACUUUACUACUAGGUACUACUGCCAGAACCAAAUAUUAAUCUCAAAUACAAAAUAUUAAAACGUUAAAAUAAAGUUAAUAUUACAAAUAUUAAAAUACUAACCUCGUAAGCAGGAAGGAACAGUUAUUAAAUGGUAUGGAACACAAAAAGAAAGUAAUCCUACGGUACUACUAACUUUAGAAAGAAACAAAUAAAUUAUAAUUUUUAAUAUGAAACGAUGAAAAUUGGAUUAUCGAGCUCCCACUGUGAUACGAAUCGGUGACACUGAAAAUUUCGCGAAUAUUCAAUCGUACAGCAUCGGCAACUGGAUAAUUAACGACGUGUGUAGAAACGGCCAGAAUUCUAUCGUACGAGCAACAAUUUUUUUCGUUGAAUCUGCCCCAUGAACCGAAAACGUGAUUAAAUUCAGGCUCGAUUCGCUUCAGGAACCGUUUCUACGCGAUUUGUCCGGAAUUUUCCACUCGUUGGUCUGGCGUUAAUUAAUUAGUGGCGAAAAUUAAAUGCGAGAGGAGUAAGAAGAUACCGUGACCUACCCAGAUGUAACGUUUUUUGAAGUUGAGGUAAAAUAGAGGAUAUAGUGCAGUGGAAAAAUUAAAAGUCACCUAAGGGUAAAAUUAAUUAUAUUUUAUUUUUAUGGUAAAACACGAAUUUACGCUUGAACCGUAUACUAAAUAUUUAGUAAUACAUCGAUAAAUAUCGUUUAAAACGUUAGAACAUUUAUCGAUUAAAUUUGUAUUUUUAUGAGUACGACGGUUCGAUCUUCUUUAAAGCACAUCGCCAUUAAACGUCUGCUUUUCAGUAGAUACUCUUAAUUUUAGAUACCGCGAACUGGUUUAAUUGAAUAUCGAUAAUUUAGCAGUGGGUUGUUAGCGAUGCUGAGAGCGUUCUUAAAUCAGCAGGUGAAAACACGAUUCGAAUUUGUUGAACCGUAAGUCACUCGAAUAGAAUUUUCUUCGUUAGUUCAAUGCACAUGAAACGACGAUUUCGAGUUUCGAGGUGAGUUUAAGUUACCGAGGAAGACAAGGUGUACGAUGAAUCUCUUACACAUUCCUUUUAAUCAUUGCAAACUGUCUGCAAAAUACGAUGUACGAGUACAAGGCCUAUAAAUUAAAAAGCUGUCGUUCGUCGUAAAAAUGAUACGCUUCGUUCGAUGAACAACGCAAUUUUUGUUCAAAAAAUGGUACCUCCAGCAAAGAACGUGAAAUUCGUAUAAUUUGUUUCUAAAUCCGAUUGUCGACUUAAAUAUACGUAUAAAAAUUUGCAAGCAAGGCCUACUACCGUUAACACUAAGCAUAGCGUGUAACUGUCCAUAUUUUUGACGGAACAGAAUUGUCGUCGAAAUCUUCUUAUUGUCGCACCUCGUAAACUAAAAGGUUAGCACGAACUGUUCUAGUCACAGCCGAGCCACGAAUCUAACAAGUGGAACAACAGAAAAUCUGCAACGGUAAAUUACUGCUGUUCGAACGUGAUACACGAACCGCAAAAGAAAUCUUUCAGCCGUGUGACACGAAUCACCGGUGAUCAAUCUUAUCUGAAACCUCUAUCUAUCCGAUCCCUUUACGAGUCCUACGUGCGUGGAUUACGCGUUGGCCACUCGAUUCGCCGUGAACAGAUAUAAAACGAUACGUGACCUGUCGCCCGGACAGCUUGUACGACAAUCCGCAAAGUAUUCCCGAUCUUAUCUCUCUUCUUACACGCCCCUCGAGGAACGCAAAAGCCAUAGAUUAUAGGCUGACGUUCUCUUCGCGCGAACCAGGCUUCGCGAAUCCGAUACAUUGUUCCGUUGACGGCGAAUAAAUCAGAUCGAGGAUCGGAAAACAGGUUCGACGACGCGACAGGAUUUUCAUCGGUUACUAUCGAGUCGGGUGUAAUUGAUAGAUUUCUAAACGAGGAAAUCGGAGAAACAAAGCGUACGGUAGCGGCACGAGAGUCUUAACCCUUGCGUUAUUAGCCGAGGAUAUGGGGUUGGUUAGGGAGAAAUGGAAGGCAGGAGUUUGAGAAGCAGAUUUCGAGAGAAAUGGAAAUUAUGAGCCUCGGCUGGGUUAAGGAGAAGAGAAAGGUAGGAGUUUGGGCUUCGUUAAAGAGGAAUGGGAAGUUGAAGUUUGGAUUAAAGAGAAGUGGAAAAUGGAAGUUUUGGUUGGAUUAAAGAGCAGUGGAAAAUGGAAGUUUUGGUUGGAUUAAAGAACAGUGGAAAAUAGAAGUUUGCACUGGAUUAACAGAAAGUUGAAGGUGGAACUAUAGAUUGUUUUAAUGGGAAGUGGAACAUAAAAAUUUGAGUUACCUUGAGUUACGGAAGUGGAAAGCUAGAGUUUGGCCUGUUAACGAGAAACGGGAAAAUUGGAGUUUGGAGUAAACAGAAGUAGACAAUGAAAGUUCGAGCUGCGUGACAGGAUCAUGGAAAAAUAAUUUUAGAUCGUUAAUUUUAUCCUGUUAGUAGACGAAGUUCCCAUUGAAGCGAAUGAUAAAACCAAUCAUUAAUAAUCGCAAUUAAACGGUAAAUUUGCUACAGUUCCAAAAACGCUGAUCUCUAUUCGAUCUUGAUAAAGGUAAUGAAAUGAUAAAGAGAUGGCACGCAUCGAAACGAUUCUAAAAGUGAAACAAAAAGUUAUAAUGAGAUCCUGUUCACCGUAAAAUGUCCAGUCAUCGCUACAUCGACGGAAAAGAAACCGGUUCGCGUUGUCAUCCGUUCCAGUAUUUAACCUGGUACGCGUUUGUUCGAGUCCGUUAAAAGGAAACGCAGCUUGAGUUAAACUUUUUUUUCUUUUUGAUAGUCGACUAGUGUCCAGGUAUUAUCCAAAGAAAAAGUGCUUCAAAAUGUGCCGCGUGCAAACGAAGAACAGAACGACGGAAGCAAUGGAAGAGCGUGAAAGAAAAUACGAAGAAAAAGAGGGAAAAA